UAUGUAUAUAUUGUAUAUCAAGUAGUUGUAGCCCGGUUGCAAGUACCAACUAUUCUACAUCGUUAAUUAUUAUUGAUGAAUAAUAAAUAACAAUUAUUAAUUAAUAUUUAAAUAUACAUUUUAAUGAUUGGUCGUCGUCCGUCUUAACUCUUAAGUUUUCACAUACUGCGUUCAGACCAUGGCCGGAAUUUGAACUUUUACGUUUCGUGUUAAUCAUAGUAAAUCAUUUUCAGCCCAGAGAAGACGUCACGUGCGCCAAGACCGGUCUCUCCAGCCUCACUCGACGCUCGACAUGCACAAUCCUCUACUGAUCAAAUAUUGAAACGUGAAAGAAACUAAUAAAAUGGACUUUUUAAACAAUCUUGAAGGAAUAAUAACUAAGAAUGGAGACAUGGUAACAUUUAUAGCUGAAGAUUUGGAAAGCAAACUUAAACAGACUAGCCCAACAAUGCCCAAUAGACCUUUAGGAAGGUUUGUUUUAGAUGCCAAUUUACUAAACGACCUAGAGUUUGAAGCUAGAAAUAUUGCUACAUCUGUAGACACAUUAUCCGAAUCUCUUUCAGAAGUUCUUCAUAGCAUGUCUGCAUUAACUGUUGACUGUUUGGAAAUAUACAGAGAUGUGGUUUGUAAAACAUGCGAUUCAAUUGAUGCCAAUAUUAAAUCUAUGUACCAAUUAAUGGCUAAAUGCGAAGAAAUCUCAAGAGAAAUGGAACCUAUUUAUAAAUUGGCUCAACAAGUUAAAGAUAUAAAACAUGUUUUAGAUUUAUUUGAGAAUGCAGUAAAUUGA